CUGCUGCUUGUACGAGUGGCGUCGGUAUCAUGAGCUACUUGCCCCGAACACGCUUGAAGGCGUGUUCCCGAACCUCAACUUCUUCGAAGCUAUCGGGGGCUUUGACUUCAAGGAGGUAUUUUGCUUCGAGUAACCGCAUUUCUUGCAGCUUCUACAAAGGCUGGAGCUUCCGGACAGCUUCGAAGUUUCGAGGUACGACUUGGGGUUACUUUCUGGGCUGCAGCAGUCCUGGAGAUGCGCCCUGAAUCCGACAGGAAGAAGGUGUUAGACUUGCCAAAUCCGAUGGCCCUUUCGGCGGCAGCAGCGGAGGGUUACGUCUAA